AUGAAUCCCGCUCAGUUCAACAAUCCUGGCGGGGGCAUGCCUGGUGCAGUCGCGCCGGGCAUGCAGCCGCCUAAGAAUGAGAAUGCUCAGGCCAUCAUGGCCCAUGUCGCCCAUGUCUUGUCGAACCAAGGACCGUACACUGGAUGGAAGGCUGAGGUUCCGAUAAAGAACCGGGCGAUGAAUGUGUACCAAAUGAUUACUUCCCUUCGUCUCAUUCAACCUCGGAUCGAUAUCAAUCAAGCCGCCCAGGCUGCGCUGAGCUUUGAGCAGAAGUCCUUUCAAAAGGCCAACGAACGUGCCGAAUAUGAUAAGGAAUGUAUGGAGAAGCUACUCCACAUUAAAGAUACUCGACAGAGACAGGCCGCCGUCGCGAUACAGAGUGGUAUGUCCCUCCAGGGGGGUCCCAUGCCGAACCAACCCCAGGGUGCUUUCCCGCAACAGAUGAAUCCGGCCAUGCAGACCUCGCCCAUCCAAGGCCAGCCGCAGAUGGCGAUGGGAAUGAACAACAUGAGCCAGCAGGCGGCAUUGCAACAGCGUCGGCAACAAUCGGCCGCUAUGCUUCAGCAACAGCAGCAGCAGCAACAACAACAACAACAACAGCAGCAACAUCAACAACAGCAGCGAGCCCAGCAACGCCCCGGCAAUGGCGCCCCUCUCACUGAUGAUUUGAAUACACUCUCACAACAAGAACUCGACCAUGUGGCUCGGCUGGCUUCGCAAAUGCAGUCGAAGACCUCACCUGAAGACAUGGAGAAGAUUAGGAUGAAUCUGUCGAACAUGAACCCAGAGCAGCAGCAGUACUUGGCUCGAAAGAAUCUAGAUCCCUUGACCUAUUUCUUUCGCUCACAAGCACUGAUUCAACUGAGGAGGCACCGUCGAGCUCGUAUGGAGAUGGGUCGUGGCCAAAUACCAAACCAAGACGGAAUGAUGGCUGGGAGUGACCCUUUAAACAAUCCUCAGAUGUUUCAAAACAUGAUGAACCUUCAACGCAACUCGGCCUUUUCUGGGAAUCCCAGCCAGAGUCUUGAUCCAUCGAAUGCUUUCAUCGGAAAUGUAAAUGUGGAGAAUAUCCAAGGCCAGCAGGCAGACGGGUUGCGAUCGCAGGAAGCGGGCCAGCUGGUUGUCCCUGCCAGCUCAUCACAAAUGAACCACCAGCCUUUCCCAAAUCAGCAGAACAUGUUCCAACAGGGAAUGGGGCAGAACGGCCAAGCCAAUAUGAACGGUGCCAACGUCAACCCUCAUAUGUUCAACCAGCAGCAAAUGCAAACCAGCACCCAAUUUCAGUCGCAACAGUCUCAGGCGCAGGCUCACGCACAGGCUCGUGCCCAAGCAGCCCAGAAGGCUCAGAUGGCGAUGUCAGGUCAUGGUGGUCAGGCAAACCCUCAGUCGCAACCCCAUAUUCCCCAGCAAAGCCCGGUGAUGCCAAUGUUGAACCAACCGAUGCCUGGUCAGAUGUCUCCAGCUCAGGUCUCUGCCCAAUCUCGACCUCCAUCCCGCCCACCAAACAUGGGCCAACAACCUGGCAGUGUCUCGCAGCCUGGGAUGCAAGCUAGACCGCAGCUCCCUCCGAAUCUUCCCCCACAGAUCAAGAAUCAGUUACAGCAGAUGACAAAUGAGCAACUAAAUGCGUUCUUUUUGAACCAGCAGCGCCGCGCCAACAUGGCAAGCAACAUGGCUCGAGGCAAUGCCCCCCAGCCGCCUGGUACCCUUCAGCAGACCGCAUCGCAACCUGGCCAGAACCCCGCAAUGAUAACUGGACAGAUGGCAAACAAUCGCAUGAGAAAUUCGAUGAGCAUCAACAACAACAACAACAACAACAACAACAAGCAGCAGCAGCAGCAGCAGCAGCAGCAGCAGCAACGGCAACGGCAGCAAGAGCUUCACCAGAUGCAAAUCAUGCGCAACCAAAACAAUGGGAUUGAGAUGAACCAGGAGCAAGUCAAACAAAUGGACCAAGUCCCCUUCCCGCCAUCCAUCAUUAGCAACUCUUCCUCUCAGGUGCCGAAGACCAUCAAGACAUGGGGCCAGCUCAAACAAUGGGCCGCUUCAAAUCCACAAGCCUCAAAUGGCGUUGAUCUGCCAAAACUUAUGACGCUUCAGAAACUUCAUUUUGCGCAAGUUGUCAGCAACCAGGCCAAGGAUCCGAAUGCACAAGGUGCGGGACUCCCUUUCAAAGGAGCUCAACCCCAGAUGGCAAACGCCCAGAACGGCACACAAAAUUUCCAACCCGCCCAGCAGCAGCCCUCUAUGAAUAUGCCAACAAUGCGUCCAAUUACCGCCCAAGACAUUCUUAUGGCCCGUCAAAAGCUGGGACCUAACUCUCAAAACUUCACCGACGAUCAGAUUCGUGAGAUUCUACGCAACCGCCAGAGACAGAUCCUCAUGCAAGCUGCUCAGACCCGAGCACAGAUGGCAGGAAACAUGCCACAGCCUUCGAACCAGUCAAUGCCACAACCUCCCGUCUCUGCACUACAGCCCGGCCCGCCAGCGAAGCCUCCGACACCACAUCAGUCCCAGGUACUUGAGCCUGUGAAGGCGCAGACCGCAGGCGCGGCCAAGGUAGCCAAGGCGCCCCCUGCGAAGCAGCCCUCGAAGAAGAGACCCAACGCUGAUGAAACGGCCGAUUCUCGCGCCACGGCCACACCUCAGCAGCCUCAGCCCGCAGUCCCCCUUGGCGGGCCCGCUAGACCCGUUGCUCAGUUCACACAGGAGCAAAUUGCCCAGAUGAGCCCACAGCAGCGUUCACAGAUCGAGGCUCAAAUUCGUCGACAGCAAAGUGUGCAAUUCCGUGGCUCGGUUCUCAACCGGGCAAUGGCGGAAGAAGCCUGGAACAAGAACCUCCCGGCCAAGGUCAUGGAGGUUUAUAACGAGAUCGCCAAGAACGCACCUGCUUCGAAACCAAUACCCCUUUCUCCAGAGCAGAAAGCAAUCAUGACCCAGCAGUUGCGUGAUUCUUUGGAUGUACUUGGUCGAUUGGAUGUCUUGGUGUUACACGGGUUCCCCCGGUUGCAGGGCCAGGAGAAGAACGUGAGGAAUCUUCUUGCCAUGCGAAUCCAGUUGAUGCGGCAGUUCAAACAGUCAGCCGAGUGGGUUGUCAACGAGCAAUUUACGAUCACUCCGGAUUAUUUGACCGGUUCCAUUCUUUUUAUUCGAAAACUAUUCCAGGUUAUGAUGCUUCGCAUGAACCAGCAACGCUCCAACGCCAAUCAGCAGCAACAACAAGCUGCUCCUUCGGGUCCUCCGAACACGCAGCCUGGCACAUCAGCAUUGAACGCGACCAACCUUCAGCAGCUUCAGCGGCAGCAGGAAGAAGAAGCUCUCCAACGAGCUCAACGUGCCUCUAGUCAGUCUGCAAGCGUCGCAGCAGCGCCAUUUGGAGCACCGUCUCCCCAGGGAGUUCCACACGCCUAUGGCCCCGGUGGUCUUGUUCCCGAAAAGCUGAAGCUUCCUCCACCCAAGAAGAGGAAGCAAUCCCAUGCUGGUCCCAGUGCCUCUCCCGUGCAGGCCAGCGCUGCUCCCGUUGCGGCUGCGAAAUACAAGCAGGACGUGGCAGAGGCAAAGUCUCAAGCCGCGGCUCAAUCCCGAGGAGGGCCAUGGACAUGCGCUAUUGCCGAGUGCCCACGUCACAUCCAAGGCUACACGACCCAAAGCGGGUUGGAGAUGCAUAUGAGAGCCGACCACAUGGUGGAGGAAGAAGAGGCGCCUGAGGACGUUAUGCAGUAUUAUAUCGACAGCAUUGACCUUGGCCUGGGCCUUGACCCAAAGACCUUGCAGGCCAAGGCGGCCGCUACAACAGCUGCAUCGGGUCCCAACAAGCUCAGUGUAGCCUCUCCUGCCAAGCCGGGUCCGGUGACUCCUAAUGCUACCCCUAUGUUGCGCAUGGCGAGCCUCCUAGGAGCCAAAACCGCGUCUCCCGCCACAUCAACUCAGCAACUUACCCCUGGUCAGACUGGCAAGACUGUCAAGCCUUCACCGGGUAAGGAUACCCAGAAGGAUUCCAGCAAAAUUGAUGAGAUGAGGGAUCCGUGGGCGGAUGCUCCGAUGUCUCUGGAGAAGAUCCACGACACUUUCCAGCCGAUUUUCGCAGAAUGUCGACGCCGCGAAAUGGGUUACGAUCCUUUCGAAGAGUUCAUGAACGCCGACAUGUUCUCUGGAGAACAGUCGGACAGCACCCCUGACUCCUUGGAUGUUGCCCUAGCGACUCAGACCCCCGAGGACAAGACCAACACCGAUACCAAGGAAUCCGUGAGGUGGCCCGAUUGGAUGCCCUGGGAUGCCGAAUCACUGGAGGCAUCAGCUGAGUGGAUGGCCAUUCCUUCUACCAUCGCCCUAAGCGACCAACUUCUCACUGAUGGUGCGGAGUCUCUUCAAGUUGACUUUGAGCGUCUCCAGCGCAUGCACCAGGAGUCGAAGAACCUUGAGAGUACCCACCUUCCUAUACCUGCCUUGUGA